AUGGGGCUCUCUCUCAGCCGGCUCUUCAGCCGCCUCUUUGGGAAACGCGAGAUGCGUAUUUUGAUGGUUGGCCUCGACGCAGCCGGAAAAACUACGAUUUUAUACAAACUGAAGCUAGGAGAGGUUGUCACCACCAUUCCUACAAUCGGCUUCAAUGUGGAGACAGUGGAAUUUAAGAACAUUUCCUUCACUGUGUGGGACGUGGGAGGCCAGGACAAAAUCCGACCUCUUUGGCGCCAUUACUUUUCAAAUACCCAUGGCAUCAUUUUCGUCGUGGACUCCAACGACAGAGAACGCAUUGUUGAUGCGAAGGAAGAGCUGCACCGGAUGCUGGGGGAGGACGAGCUGCGGGACGCCGUGCUGCUGGUGUUUGCCAACAAACAAGACUUGCCCAACGCAAUGAGUGUUCCGGAAAUAACUGACAAACUAAUGCUUUAUUCCAUUCGACACAGACACUGGUACAUCCAGUCUGCAUGCGCGACAGCUGGCGACGGACUCUUCGAGGGCCUCGACUGGCUUUCCACCACGCUGGCCAACAAGUCGUGA